ACUAGCCAACCAAAAGGCCACGUCUUCUCUUCACCAUCAGAUAUUGUGAGUGGUUGCAAUUGCCCAUUUAGCCUCAAGUUUUUCUAUGCAUAUAAGGUGUAGAGUAGUGAAUAUUCUUCAAAUAGUUUGUGAAGCAAAAGAUGGGACUGAGGGCUCUUCCCUUGUCAUCUUCACAAACUGGACUUCUUCCUGCUGCAACUUCAGGAAUUUCACAGACAUAUUUUAAAUGCAAUAAUAAUAGCAGGACCUUGAAAUUUGUCAUAUUUUCUGCCAAGAAAGAGAAUGGAAAUGAAGAACCAAAGAAGAAGAAGCAAUCUCUGUUUUCGAGUGUGACGGAAGCUUUAGAUUUUUCACAGGUAAGAUCUGCCAAGGAUGCUGAACUCCUGGAUGAAGCUGCAGAAGCAACGCAAACAGGUGACAGGAUGACAAGGGAACAGUAUGGAGCUCUUAGGAGGAAGAUUGGUGGAACAUACAAAGAUUUCUUCAAAUCAUAUGUAGAAGUGGAUGGACAGUAUGUAGAAGAAGGUUGGGUGGACAAAACCUGCAAAAUUUGCAAGAAAGACACCAGAGGUGAAGCAAGACAAGUGGACAAGUUAGGAAGAUACGUUCAUGUUGCUUGCUUAGAGAAAAAAUCCAAUUCAGGAAAUUUCUUCACACGACUCUUCUCCUCGUAGAAUCUUAAGCACGAUUUUAAGUUUGUUGUUUCUUUUACAUUUUCUAUUGUUAUACAUUUUGCUGAAGUGAACUGAGAUAACUUUGAACCAAAUGUCUCAUAUGUUUCUUUGUAUUUAUUUUUUAAUUUUUAUUUUGAUUUUGAUUUUCCUUCCUUGGAUUCAAGUUCUAGUUUAUAUUGAAGUUCAAUGUAUCAAAAAUCGUACUUCUAUGUGUAUCAAUCUCAUUUGAUUGACCAAUGUGGUCCAAUUC